AUGAAAAUAUUGAACUCUAAUUUGAUAUCAGUCCGUAUUUUAUUCUAAUAACAAUCAAGUCCCAUUUAAGAAGGAGGUGGUAUUCUAGAUUUCUUUUCAAAAACUAUUUUAUUUCCAAUUCAAAUACUCCCUAUGGAAUGGAAAAUAAAAAGAACUCUUCAAGAUUUUAUUUAAAUCAGAAACAUACUCUAAGCUGCUUUUCCUGAAUAUAUUGUAUAUUAUUAUAUUAUUUAGAUUCCUUCCUUUCCUUACAAUGAUAUCAAUGACUAUGAUAUAAUCAUGAAAGAAUAAUAAAAUAUUAUCAAAGUCUUAAAUGUAAAAUACUCUUUUUUUAUUAUUUAGGUAUUUCUAUAAAUUUAUAAUAAAAAACCAAUUGUUAGAACAGUUUUUUCUAGUUUACUAUUUUUAAAUGAAGAUAAUUCAAAAUAAUUUUAAUAGAAAUUUUAUAAGGAACUAAUUCUCUAAAAAUAAUUUAAUUUAAGUUAAAAAUAAUCUAAAACUGGUACUCUCUCUUUUUCAUUUAAUUAAAUUCAAUAUUAAAAAUAUAAAGAUUAUUAAGUUUAUUUAAAUGGAGAAUAAGGAAAUUAUGAAAUUAUUCAAAAAUAUUUAGAAUAAUUUGCUGAAUAUACAUAUAAAGGUUAAUAAAGUUUAGGUUAUUCAAUAGAAAUGAUUUAACAAUUAUGCAAUUCACUUCCAUCAUAUACUGAAGCUUAAGAAUUUGGAAAAGCAUUAUGUAUGAUUAAAUCUUAUUUUGUAAUUUGAAUCCACUAUUUAGAUAGCAAACUUAAAAAGACUUUGUUUUAAGAUCAACAAAAUAAAUCAUGGAUGUCUUAUUAAUAACUUUAGUUAAAUUUAAGAAUUCAAGAUAAUAAUUAACUGAAUUGAAAACUAAUUUAUUUGAAACAUUCUAAAAUUUCUCAAAUGAAUUUAAUCUCUUAGAAAAAAGAAAAGAAGAAUUGUUUUUAAAUAGUAAAUUUAAUUAUAAUUUGUUAUUUAGAGGAUCUAUAGAAAUGGGGUUUGAAUUAAGAAUAAUUAUUAUAGAUUGAUUUAAAUAAAUGUUUUACUGAUCUUAAAUAUGCAAAAGAAAUUAUGUUACCAAAAGAUACAUUUUAUGUAGAUGAAAAAAGAGAUUAAUAUGUUUAUAUGUUAAAUAAAUUUAAUGAAUAAUAUGAAUAAUAAUUCCUAAUAGAAACUGAUAAACUACUUAAUGAAAUACAAUAUUAUUUAGAUAAUAUGAAAUAUUACACUAACAAUUAAGUAAUAUAUUAUUUUUAACAAAUAGCUUCAAAAUUGGGAUUUCUUAAUUCAAGAAUAUGAAGAAUAUAAAUUAUCCUAUUAAAAACAAAUAACUGUAAAAUGA